AAAGAACCGUUUGGUGUUGAAUAUGUCAAACGUGGAUUAUUUAUGUGUGCGCGAGUGUGUGUGGAUGUUUCGUCGAUGGGCUGGUGUUUGUCAAACGAUCUGUCAAUAAUCACACACGCAUCGAAUCAGACGUAGACGGGAUAAACGUUACGAAUUUGAAAAGUUUCAUUUAAAAUGGGAAAAACGAAUUGAAAAAUUCGAAUGUAAGAAAAUUUACGAUGGAAACCUAUCUCACAUGGUUUAGUGCGUUGAUAUUCUCUGCUGAACUGAUUGUUGAUGCUACUGUCGCCACUUACUACUUUGUUACAAAUCAAUUGUAUUGGGGCCUUUCCACACUGAUCAUAAUUGUUGUGCCAUUAAUUUUGUGUCAAAUUUAUUCGUUAUGGCUGCUAAAAAGUGAAAAAAGUCAAACCAAAUCGUCGGCCAUAUGUUUACAUCUGAUGCUGUGCGGCAUUCCGUACAGACAUUAUAACAUAUUGAAGGCGAUCGACAAAGACAAAGCGUCCAAUCAAGAGGCGAAUGCCAUAAGAAAAGCUAUUACCAACGUGAAUUCCGUCCAAACAUUAAAUGCCAUCUUCCAGUACUGUCCCCAAUUUCUACUGCAGUCGUUCCUAAUAAUUUAUCGAGAAAAUAAGUCGGUGGUGACAGGUAUGUCAGCUGGCUUGGCAGCAUUUUCCUUAGUUUGGCAUCUGUUCAUCCGUUUCUACUAUUGGUCGAAUCGAUACAACGAAGAAAUCACGUUCGAUUGUCAACAGAGUGGCAAUGGUCCCGUUCAAAUAAUCGACAAUUUGACAACAUCAUUCCACGAGACCAGCCAAAGUCGACAGUCGAACUCUCCAUCGCACAUGGCCAACAAUUUCCAUCAGCCGAAUUUGACCGACCUCAAACAUUUCGAAAAGUCAAUUUUCACAACGGACGAGAACAAUCUGAGCUCGACGCGUCACAGCACGAACAAAAAUACGGAGAAAAUGAAAAUUUUCAAUUUCAACAAACGCAAACCGAUCUACCAGAGCAAUGGCGAUAUCUCCGAAAAGCAUGACAAUUCGUUGAUUUUCUUCGAAUUUGAGGACAGUUUGGCAUCGAGUAAAUUCGAUCUGUCUGCCGCGGCACCGAAGGAAAAUGCUAGCUAUGCCGACGAUUGUAGCAUGAUGAAAAAGCAACUGGCGAAGACAACUGGAGACGAAGAGGAAAAAUUUGUCAGCAUCCCGGGCAAUCGGAACAGUUUGUUGAAACGGAAGGGCAUUUGUUCGUCACAGGAAAUGCUGUAUCUGGUCGACAUAUUGAACGACAACAUAUCGCCGGAUGAGGUGGACAUAUUGGCGAAAAGUCUUGUGGACAUGGGCGGUGAUUGUAGUUUACAGACGGAAUCCGACAAUGACACGUUGGACAAUUCGAAAUUGCUGGAACAUUUUCCGGCUGUGAUCGAUGACAAAUUGUUGCUGGAAAAUAUUGACGCGGUCAUCUACGAGAAUCAGAUCAUUUUCCAGGAACGAAUCCGAAAGAACAAAUUGACCAUCCAAAAUCUAAAAAUUCAGGAUCAGAUGCUGUCGAAAUGCAUGGAAGAUAUGAAGGCGCUGCCAUGCUGUGAAAUACUAAGUAUUAGAGACUACGAGAACAUGUGCUUCCAAAACAUCAGCCGACAGAACCGCGGUAUGAAACAUUGGCGUAAUUAUUUGCACGACAUCGACACAAACAAUCACGACAAUUCAACCGUCCAGCAUAGUAGUUACUACGUCAACACCACCAACACGGACACGUUGACCAAUUCGUUGUCCGAUCUGUACAUUAACGAAAAGGCUCUCACAUUGAACGCAUGCGAUCGACAGAAAUCUUGUGAUAAUGUUGGAAGUGAAAGAAAUGCCGGCAGACGGAAUGUCCGCUGGAUAAGUAAACUGAAGACUGAAAACGAAAGUAAUUGUGAAUCGUUGAGUGAUGAUCUGUAUAUUGUGAUGGAUAGUGGAGCGUAUGCAAUACCCGAAAAGAAUAUUCUCGUCGAAACCAUCAAUUCGAUAAAUAUCGAUUCGCCGGUAAAACGAGGUGGUGCCAAUUCAGGCACGAAUAACUAGCCGUUCAGUCCAGAGUUGUACGACUGUAUGUGAAAAUUGGUCAUAGUCUGGUGAGUGAUUUUUUGUAUCCCCAGUACCCCAGUCUACAUUUCUUUAGUAAGAUUCAUUUUGUCAUGUCAGCCUUUCAACAUCAGUGAAUCCCAAGCAACCAGAUUUUCUUGUGACCAUGUAAAUAGUAUUACUUUAAGCAUCGCAAUGCUUUCAACGCAUCGCAAACAUUUAAAUUUUGAAUCCUAUUGUUGACCUACUCAUUUAUAGAAUUAUCUAAGACUCGAAAUAUUUGCGAAAUUUCUUCUUUUGUUGAAAUUCCCCUGAUACAUCACUCUAGGCGAUACACUGGUUUUAACUUCAAUGAUCCUGACAAUGAUCUCUAUCUGUCUUCACUUCUUACGUGUAAUCUUUCACAGACGGCAAACAUAAGUGUUUUCAAGAGUUUGAUUUGAAAUGCACUAUUUCAUUUCCUUGAACAUGAUCUUUGCAAUAUAAGGUCGCUUUAGUCAGAGCUUGUCGUUUAUUCGUGUAGUCAUUAUCCAUAACAGAUGAUGUCCGGUCGUGACAGGUUCUAUAGCCAAUCCAACAUGUUCCAAUGAUUGAGACAACGUUGGCUAUCUUAAUGUGCAUGUGCAGUCAGUUGUUGAACCAUCAAAUUGAAAUUUUGGCGAUAAAAUUCCCUUCCUGAAUACAAUAAACAGUUAAAAUGUUUGUCGAAUCUACAAGUUAGACUUCGGUGAUUUUAAUAUUACUACUGAUUGCUCUUCAACGUAUAGAAUGAAGGAGCUAAGUUGAGUUGAGUUAAUUUCUUGUUGAUUGUGUAGCAAUACAACAAACUAG